AUGGUGUCAUCUGAAAGCUCCCUGCAAUUCUCAAACCAGCGUGCCGGUCGAAUCCUGAACGAUCAUGAAUCGGAAAGUACGCCUGCCUACCAACAGCUAGCGCUGCUGGAUUGCAAUGCAAGUAGAGCGAGGCAGACUGUAAAGAAAGCGGGUGACUUUAGCCGCCCAGCCAGCACUCAUGCAUCCCAACGGAAUACCAGUACUGUAGGUGGGAAGCAGACGACAAGACCUCAAACUCCCCUGUGGAAUUCCAAAAUCACCAUAUCCUCUUCCUCAAGGAUUGAUUGGCUUCUAAUAAAGGCGAGCUGCCGGUGGUUAUCCAGGGGCUGUGAAAAGCAAAUGAAAACAUCUUGUUCAGUCACGGUUGCAAAAUAUUGA